AUGAGAGAGAAAAAAAUAGGAAUCCUGUGCCUACAAGAGAUGCACCUAACAGAAGAACAUGAAAACCAAAUAAACACUCUAUACUCCCGCAGACUAAGAGUAAUCAACUCCAGAGACAGAGAAUGCCCAGGAUCAUUAGCUGGAGUAGCCUUUGAACUCGCCGUCCUCAAUAUAUACACCCCAAACAACCCAGCGGAACAUCAUAACUUCUGGACAACCAUUAAAGACUCGGAAACGAGCAGAAACAACCAACAGAUUGACUUACUACUAGGAGACUUCAACCUAACAGAAGACCCACUAGACAGAGCCCCCACACGAACGGACAAUGAAGCAGCGACCGACGCUCUCAGGGACCUAAGAGAAACGUUAAACGUACAUGACUCCUGGAGGAAAACACACCCUACAUCUCCAUGCACAUCAGCCAUCCCGACGGACCACCAUAUGAUCCUAGUGAGAUACACACCCCUGAAUAUGCCACACAUAGGCAAGGGACGAUGGUCAUGGCCACUUGGCCUUGUAAACAACGAGAAACUAUUGAAUAAAAUGAGUAAAUUAGGACAAAUGACACAACGAAAAAUAGAAACAAACCAACAACCAGGUGGACUUAACCCACAGUCAGAAUGGGAGGACUUCAAGAUUAAAAUACGCCAAGAGGCAAAGAAAACAUCCAAAGAACAUAUGUAUAAAAUCAACACCAGAAUAAACCAACUAGAAAACGACAUCAAACUCACCCUACGAAAUGACGACAUAGACACCAACAGCAACACAAGGAGCCAAAAAGCAUGGCUUGAAAGCGAAAUUAACCACAUGGAAAAAAAAACGAUUCAAGAACCUUCAGCUUCAAUCAAAAGCGAAAUGGAAUGCCGCCAGGGGAAACCAUUAGCAAGUACUGGUGUAAGAUAA